GGCUUUUGUACAUAGAGAGGGGAACAGCGUGUCUCAAUACCUGAGAGAGAAAUUUUGGUAGAUAGCAGUGGUGAAGUUAGACAGCUGUAAGAGUAUAGUGAAAACAGCUAAUGGAUAAUAUGUACAAGACUAUGUGAAAAUGGAAUGACUUAAAAGAAAAUACUCUGGGUGAAGUAGCCCAUUGUCCUUUGAUCGACAAAAGCAAGAUCAGUAGUAUCUUACUAUUCUUUUAAAGUAUUUUACGGAUAAUUUUAUACACUUUUUAAAAUGUAUAUAUAUCUACUAAUUUUUUCACAAUUUUUUAAAUUAUAAAUAAUCAAAUGACAUUUUCUUCACCAGGAAUUUUAUUGACUAGGGGGAACAUAAUGUACUCUGCCCUUUGUUUAGAAGAAAGAAGAUCAAGAAGAAGAUAAAACCGCGGGGAGAUACGUGCUCCCAAACCUAUCGCGAUACUCUUGCAUGCCUCCUCUAUCUGCUUGCUCUUCUUUUGUUGCACUAACAGAUAUAGCGUUUAAAGUUUGGAAUUGAUGUUACAGCAAAUGCCACAUACAUGUAAAUUGAUUUGUGUAAAGAAGACUUUGUUCUUCGAAGUAUUUUAUACUUAUUUUUUGUAUUCUAUUGUAGCUAAUGUCACGAAGACAACGGAACGCUCUGAUAUAUCAUGCAAUGCUGAAAAUAUAGAAAUAUUCCUUCCUAAGAAUCUACUUCCGGUGUCAUCAAGAGUCACGUGGUUAGAUCCGAACUGCAACAUUGCCAGCAACGGUACCCAUUACGUAUCUACCGUUAAACAUGGAGAAUGCGGAACAACAGUCAGUCUCACGGCAAACAAUGUUAUUUUUGAAAAUGAAAUCAAAGCUAAACCUGUCUCACCAGAAAAUCAUUUAUUGGACUUUGGAACCAACCCUUACAUGAUUCCAGUAAAGUGUAUCUAUCCCAGGAAGGAAAUGACGUUAUCAUUAUAUCAGCCCGUUAAGCAGCAGGUGCGCGUUUAUGAAAAGCGGUUUGGACAUCUGGAUAUAGAUAUGCGACAGUAUGAGACAAACCAGUUUAAUCGUGUUCUUGACAACUCGACUAUUCCGAAACUAGAACUGAACUCUUAUUCUUUUAUAAAAGUUGGACUGAAAAAUUUUGGCUCCGCUAAUCUCGGAAUACACCUUGACACAUGCAUAGCAACAAAAACUCCCACGCCAUAUGAUAGCAUGUUUAUAAAAUUAAUUGAAAACGGAUGCCCGAAAGUCAACUUUGUUCAUCUUCUUCCUUCAUCAGCCCUUGAGGCACGGUUUAGUUUGAGGGCAUUUGAGUUUACCUCAGGUCGCUCUAACGUUGUCUACAUCCACUGCCAGGCUUCUGUGUGUCUGGCCAAUUCCUCUCAAUGCAACCCCGAUUGUUCAACCAGCCAUCGAACGAAGCGUGACGCCAGCUCUCCCUCCUCCCACUUGCUGUCCAUGGGACCUUUAGUGCUUGCUGUAGAUAGAACCCCUAGUUCAAAUUUGAUCGCCAACACCAUUGCAGGGGUUUCCGUCGCUGUAGCCGUGGUAGCCAUUGUGAUUGCCGCAAAGGGAUGGCGGAAGAAAACAACCAUUGUUGUCAAUGGCAAAAGCUUGGACAAAAUUGACUCCUAAAAGUUUAUAUAAAAAAGUGAAUGAAAACAUAUAGAUAUGCUUGCUUGAGUGUCGCAAUGGUAUAAUAUCGUUAAGUAGCUGUACAUAUAAUUAUAUGCAAAGAAGCUGGAAAAUAUCCGAAACAUAGUUCCCAAAUUUUAUUACAGUAAAAUAAUCCUGAUAGACUUUCAGUUGGUUUCUUAGAACUGUUUUAUGGGUUUUGUCAGGAAGAAACUCCCAACGUAUACAUGCAGUUAUUUUGAAUAUUUGUGUACAAUACAAUUUCUUGGUAGACUUGCUAUAAAGUUCAACUGCAAAAUUAUAGCAUGCCUUACGCUCUUCAUUAUAUCAUAGAAUGCACGUUAAAGCAAUGUUGUUAUGCAUUCC